AUGAACUACAUUCUUCCUGGACUAAUAAAAAAGAAUCUUACACGGAUAUUAAAGCGUAAUAUCUAUACUCAACUUUCUCCUUUGAGAAAAGAUGUUCAAGUCAAGAAUCCAUUUUUGAUCGAACCAAUAGAAUACGAGAGUCUUACUCUCAGAAAACAUGAUAACCCGAGACGUCAGAUGCUCUACGAAUUUGGUAUAUAUGUCGCAUCAUGUUUACCAAAAUAUGUUCAGAAGGUUCAAUUGCAGCACACAGAUGAACUAGAGAUCCUGGUGGCACCUGCUGGUAUGUACCAAGUUUUGAGUUUCCUAGCUCUGCAUCAACACGCAUGCUUUGGCCAAUGUUCUUCAGCAACUGCUAUCGAUGUACCGGGUAGGCCAUAUAGGUUUGAAGUGGAAUACGACCUUCUCAGCUUCAGGUAUUCUGAGCGAAUCAGAGUGAAAACAUACACAGAUGAACUGACACCUCUUAAAUCUGCUUACGGCAUUUGGAAAGCGUGCCAAUGGUACGAGAGAGAAAUAUAUGAUAUGUUUGGAGUAGUGUUUACUCAUCAUCCAGAUUUGAGGCGGAUCCUCACUGAUUACGGAUUUACUGGUCAUCCUCUAAGAAAGGACUUUCCUUUGGUGGGAUACAUCGAAAUACGUUAUGACGAUGAAUUAAAGAAGAUUGUUUAUGAACCUAUGGAAUAUGCUCAAGAAGCACGUAAAUUCGAGUUGCAGACACCAUGGCAUUACUUGAACAAGUUCCAUGAGGGAUACAAUCAAGAAAAGCCUAAACCACCUCCUAAGAAGGAGGACAAGUGCACGUGCUAA